CCACAGCUGCCAGUAAUGCUCCACCCUGCUACAGCUACUUUCAUCUGUCCCCACCCACUGGUACUGCGCCUAGAAGUCACCACAGCCACUCCUUCGGCGGGCUAGGAGAGUCAGGUUCCAGAAGGGUUCAUGGACUCUGAGUAAGGCAAGCAGGGGCUGCCUGGGAGGCAAACGCUGGCCUCUGGUUGCACUGGCCUUUGAGAUGUGCGGCUCCUUCAUGCCAUGGGCACUGCAAAGGCAUUGGCUCCGAUCCUUCAACGCUGUCUUAGGGCUCCGGGGCUUAGAGACGGAGGUUACUUCCAGAGUCACACACAGUUGAGACAUCAGUGACAAGAGAGGAGCCCAACUCCGUGGACACCAGAACCCAGGGCUCCGGAAAAAGCCAUUUCGGGUGCUUCCAGGGUAUGGUCUGCCUUGGGAAGCUGUUACCCCACUGACGUUUUCGUAGCAACAACAGCGUCCCCACAGAAGAGGGGUGGGGCCGAGAGAUUAUUCCCAUUCGACGCAGUAAGAAACUGGGGCCCAUGGGCGCCUUUGGGGGCAGAUGGCAGGCAGGCGUGGGGGCAGAUGGCAGGCAGGCGUGGGGGCAGAUCCUGGAGCGCAGGAGCCGGGUCCGCGGCCCCUCAGCCGGCGCCUGCGCAUUGCGGCUCAGCUCCCCGCUCAACCCCGCCCCAUCGCUCGGGUUUUCAAAUUUGAAACCUGCUUCUUUUCCCGCCGGAACGUGUGGACCAGCGGCGGGAGAGGGCGGGGUGGAGCGCCAGCCAAUAAGGCAUCAGAGGCUCUCCGGCCCCGCCCCUAGAAUGACGACAGCGAGCCUCGAGAGGCCAUGGGCGAAUGGGUGAGCGGCGGCCGGCAGGCCCCGCCCCCGCGGCGCCCACGUGCAGCGGAUGGGCCAGGGGCCUCUAGGGGACCGUCUGGCCCCCAAAGCGCUUUGCUAAGUGCGGGGAUAGUAACUAGCUGGAAGCUGAGAUCGAACACGCCAAUGAGCCGGCGUGGGUGGAUGAGAGAAGCUGGCAAGAAGCAGCAACCGUCAGGCUGAGGGUUCACUCCAGGGCCAGGCCUACAGCCGGCGCCCUUACCUACCCCUGGAGAUUCCGAGACCACUCGGAGCGGGGCGGCUGCCGGACAGCGGGCUGCUGCUCCUAGGCGGGCUUCAGAGGGGCGGGGGCAAGGGCCGGGCGUUCCCGGGGGCGGGGCAUCCCGGGGGCGGGGCGGGCCUCUGUGUUUGUUGCACCGUGUCAGUUACUUUGUAACAAAAGUGGUGCAGCCGCUGCUCUGGCCGGCUCGCUAGGCCGGCCCGCAGCCAGCUGUCGCGGACAUGGAACCCGUGGCCAGCAACAUCCAGGUCCUGCUGCAGGCGGCCGAGUUCCUGGAGCGCCGUGAGAGAGAGGCCGAGCAUGGUUAUGCGUCCUUGUGCCCGCACCGCAGUCCCGGCCCUAUCCACAGGAGGAAGAAGCGACCUCCCCAGGCUCCUGGCGCGCAGGACAGCGGGCGGUCUGUGCACAAUGAACUGGAGAAGCGCAGGAGGGCCCAGUUGAAGCGGUGUCUGGAGCGGCUGAAACAGCAGAUGCCCCUGGGGGCUGACUGUGCUCGAUACACCACACUGAGCCUGCUGCGCCGUGCCAGGAUGCACAUCCAGAUCUGCAGAAACUGGAGGAGCAGGAGCAGCGGGCCCGGCAGCUCAAGGAGAGGCUGCGCAGCAAGCAGCAGAGCCUACAGCGGCAGCUGGAGCAGCUCCGGGGAUUGGCAGGGGCCGCCGAUCGGGAACGGCUACGGGCGGACAGCUUGGACUCCUCAGGCCUCUCCUCCGAGCGGUCAGACUCAGACCAAGAGGAGCUGGAGGUGGAUGUGGAGAGCCUGGUGUUUGGGGGUGAGGCCGAGCUGCUACGGGGCUUCAUCGCGGGCCAGGAGCACAGCUACUCACACGGCAGCGGCGCCUGGCUAUGAUGUUCUUCACCCAGGGUGGGCCUCUGCCCUCUGCUCGUGCCAGGCCCACCUGCCAGGGAGGAGCUCUCCCCAAGUCUUAAGGGCUAUUAGGAGUCACCUGUUGGAAUGGACUAAAAGGACCCUUGUGUGGGAACAGGUGCUCCCCCACACCCUGCUGCUGGCUGCCAGGCAGGCCCUCUGGAAGAGGCAGGACUCAUCAGGACCUCCCUAAACCCCUGCAGGGCAGGCAGCUUGGGCCUGAGCCCAAGCACCUGGCUCUGCUGCCUCCAAGGGGACAGGAAGCCUCUUGAGCCUCUUCCCUUCUUGGACAAGGCCCCCUGGCCUUUGCCUCACAUAACUGUACAGUAUUUUCAUUAAAAGCCUCUUUC